CACAAGUGCCGGACUGUGAUUGGCUCAUAUAUUUAAGGAUUCCUACAACGUGAAAUUCUUAUAAAGUGGAACGUAUCUACCGUAAAAGGGGGGUCGACUGUAUAUCCAAAAUAUAGCCUGAUCAUUUAUGGCAGUUGUAGGUGUAUUUGCUUAAGAUAUUGGGUUUUCGAUUGAAGUGUAUGUUUAUAUUGUUCAAACAUUGCAAAAUUACAAUAUCUAUGUAUUUUAUGAACAAAAUGGCAGAUUUCACUAAACUGUACAAAGGUAGAUUUUGAAAAAUCACACACAUCAUGAUAGAAGUACUAACGUUUUUGGGUAUUUAUUGAUGACUAACCUGAUGAUAAAAUUCUUGUUUUAACAGUUUUGCAUCAUUCAGAUGAUGGAAGUGUUUGGUAAAUUGUAUGUGCAUUAUUUUUUGAAUGUCAUUUAUUACUACUUGGAAGUGUAAGAAGCAUUAUAUUUUAUUUCUUAGUUUUGUAUUUUUCCAGGACAUAUUUAAUUAUAAUGGUUUUUCAACCUUUUAUUGUUCAGCUGGUGCCAGUGACUCAAUUGUGCAUCAUUGCAUAUAAUUCCAUAAAGACUGCUUGAAAUAAAAAAAAUUUUAUUUCUUAAUUUAUAUAGUUACUUCAUGAAAAAAAUGAUUUGAAAUUAUUUAGUACAACUGUUUUGCUGUUGCCAUUGAAAAAAAGUGUUAAAUUUAGUUAAAAUGAAAAUAUAUCACUAAUAGCAUUUUAAUUUUUCUAAUUUAUUUCUGUAGAAAGUUUCAAAGAAUCAGAAUUUACUUCUGAUUGGGCUGCAAUUUGAAAAAAUUAUAGACCUAUAAAUUCCCACUGUCAUCUUGUCUGUUUGCCCUUCUUUAAUCUUGAGAAUGGUGUUAGAGAAAUGAAAGUUGAGACCAAAUAUAGAAAGCUUAGAGGCAGGAUUAACUAUCAGUACAUUUCUAUAUUCAACGAUUGACUCAGCAGUGAAUUUUCUGUUGAAUCCCUCCGUUGAACGAUCUGACAUCACAUUUUGUAGAAAAAAGAAACACUCUCGUUGAGAGUAGUGUUGAGAGGUCGCUUUUCAAGAUGGCUGACUUAACUAACGAGAAGGUGGCGAUUAUGACUGUUUUAUUAAAUAGUAUUUCUGAGAGUAGAGGGAGUUACAAGAUGUUUUUUAAAUCUAAAAAAGAUAUUGAAGAUAUUCCAUUUCUGUAUGCUGCUGCAGCGGGAAAAUCGAAAAAAGCCAAAAUAGAAGGCUGUGUCGAAAAUAUCGUUCCCAGAUACAACGACAUGGACUUUAAGUCUCAUCUUCGUCUUUCUAGAAGCACUAUCAAAAUUUUAAUGGAACAGCUUCCUGAACAAAGGACUGGCCCUGGUCAAAUAGGACUAAGAGAAACAUCACUACAAACAAUUGUGUUGAUGUCACUAUUUUCGUUAGGCAAUCAGGAGUCAUUUCAUGGCAUUGCGGACAGAUUUGGAAUAAGCAGAGGACAUGCCUAUAGAGAAUUUGUAUAUUUUAUUAAAACCGUCUCUUCGUUAAUCCACAAAUUAAAGAAUAAACCAAAAUUAUAGUUAUAAAUAAUAUAUAUAUUUAUUUUGUAUAAAAAUAUGUACAUAAAAGCAUUUCAGUUAUUUUUUCAAUAUUUCUAAUAAUUGCUUCAUAACUUUAAGUUUCUCUUCUUCCAUCUUUUGAAAUUCCCUCCAACGUCUUUCUUCUUUUUCUUUAUAUUCUUUUUUCUUAUUUUCAACAUAGUUCUUAAACAAUGCUGGAGGUUCUUCUUUUGACAGUUUUGGUUUUUUUGAAUGUGGAGUAUCACUUUGGUCAUUAGAGGAUGGGGAGAAUUGUGAAUAGAAGUAGUUGCAAUAGUAGAGUUUUCCAAAGAAUUCAAUGUGUCAAUAGGUGAAGGUUGGGAGUAGAUAGGGCUGGGAAGAGAAGACAAUAGUGUUUCUGCUGGAGGAGAUAUAUUGGUUUUGUAACCAUAUUUUUUAUCUAAUAGUUGAAAAUAUGGCCAGGUGAUGCAACCUUUCCCACUCUUUCUAGCCCUGUCUUUGUUUUUCCUGUAUGUUGCUACUAAAUUUCUCCAUUUCAUGUCACAAUCUUCAUCAGUUAAAUUAUACCCUUGUGACUCCAUUAUCCUUAUUUUUUUUUUAUUUCCUGUCUUUCCAAAUUGAUCCUCAAGUGCCAGUCUCUCUGAAAUUAGUAAUUUAAUAAUGGCAUCUGUCCAUACAUCUGUAAAAUUGGAAAUAAAAAAAUGUCAAGAAUAAAUUAAAAUUACAGUAGAGCAUCGAUUUUCCGAAAGUCAAUCAUCCGAAAGAAUUCCA